AUGUCGCUGAAUCCUCUCGAAGACAGCCAGCCUGCUGGGCAGGUCCAGGAGACGAUGCUCAAGCGCCCCGAGCCAAAUGAGGAGGAACAAAACUACUGUCGAAUAUGCCGGGGCGAAGGCACCGUCGCUCAACCGCUCUACUACCCAUGCAAAUGCUCUGGCAGCAUCAAGUUUGUUCACCAGGAAUGCCUGAUGGAAUGGCUGUCACAUUCUCAGAAGAAGUACUGUGAACUGUGCAAGACAUCCUUUCGAUUCACAAAACUCUACGACCGGUCCAUGCCCGCGCGGUUACCCUUCCCCCUCUUCGUCCGCAAACUCGCUCGUCAUGGCAUUAGAGAAUUUGCGCGUUGGACACGUUACCUGCUGGUGGCCAUCAUCUGGACUUGUUGCUUGCCUUGGUGCAUCCGACAAGUCUGGCGAGGAUUCCUUUGGCUCGCGGAUGGUAGCACCCCAAGCCAUCCCAGCACAGAAACGGCCGCGGUGGCUGUAUCGAACACAUCUGCCACAGGCUCCGCAGUCCGAGCGUCACAAACACAAUUCGCCAAUUUCACUGUCCCAGACUAUCUGGAGCGCAUAACAUUGGUGUUUCCUCCAAUGCUGAUAUCACUGGGCGACGUCGCGCGAGUCGUAGUUGGCCAGGGCUUCAUUGGUAGGAUUGUCGGUUUUAUCCUGGCCAUCUUCAUCCCCAGGUUAAGACAAGUUGAGGGAACCGGCAAUGAGCAAGACUUGGCGGACGAGGCGGCUGCGAUGUCCUCAAGGCCUCCCUCCUUACUCUCGGACGUUGAAUUUCUCUCCGCUUGGUCGGGUUCCCGAAUGGUCAACAAUGCCACCGUUGACAUCAUCGAGGGCCAGCUGAUCUGCAUACUGUUGGUCACAGCCUUUAUCCUUGUGUUCCUCAUUCGGGAAUGGGUCAUUAACCAGCAACCGAUCUUGAAUAUGCCGGACCCUGAUGCACUCGACAAUCCUCUUCAAGAACGGCAAGCUGAGAACGAGAGGCCCCGCGUGGGCCUUCUUCGACCACGGAACCGCCGCCAGGGCGGGGAAGCAAAUGCUCCGGCUGAAGGGGGCGCCAUGGAUCCUGCAGCACGGCCAAUAGCCAUUCCUAGACGGCGCCGAGCGCUGACGGACGAUAACAUACUAAACGAUACGGGCAUUGGCAUCGAAAGACCAGCUCCACCGGUCCGGUCGCAGAGCCUGUUGACGAGCCCCGAUGAUAUAGGGGAAGCCAUCGUCGAAGAGGCUGCUGGUGAGAGUAGCGCAGUUGCUGAUAAUACUGAGGGUCAGCCAAUCCGAAGGCGUAGUUCCAGCAGCCAUCAUACAACGGAAGAUUCGUCUGUCGCGGCUUUAGGAGUCCAGACCAUGGACGCGGGCAACUUGGAUAGCUCUUCCAUCGGGGCGCAAGGAGCAUUGCCCUUGGAAUUUGCGUUCAGAGGCUCUGAAGCUAUCCGACUGCAACGGGACUCGCUACAGCACAUGGAACCAAACGAAAGAGAUCUGCCAGAGCCCCUGGGGAGGACCGUCUCGUUCGCGCAAAACCCCGAUGUCAUCGACGAAAUAGCAAUUCCCCCAGGACAAGUCGAUGCCCAUGAAAUUGCGACCGACUCAGAUGGGCAAGUAAUCCCUACGCCUGAUUCUUCAAACGAUACAGACUUCUUGCACCCCGGAGGAGAGUUCCUUGGCACCGAUCUCCAGGAAGAGCUUUUCGACAAUGUACCUGGGAUAGAUGCCGAAGAAGUCACUGUCCCCAUCGACCAGGAGCCUACAGCCGAUGACUCUUUGAUUGGCAGAAUUUCAAAGUGGCUAUGGCAUACAGAUGUGGAAAUCGACACGCCGGGGGUCGCGGAAGUUCGCGACAGCCCCCACGCUGACACGCAAGACGAGGAACACAUCGUGGAGGAUGUCAACGUAGAGGCACCUUUUGUCCCUGUCCACAACCGAGAAGCUCCUCAGAUUCCACAACUGCCCCCAGCAAUCGAAGCACGACCUGCAGAGCCCCGAGAGCCGAAUAUGUUCAUGGGUGUCGAUCUCAACGACGCCGGAGAUGACGCGGAAGAUCUUGACGGGGUGCUAGAACUCCUCGGCAUGGAAGGACCCAUAUUCGGCAUGGUUCAGAACGUUCUCUUCUCCUUUCUACUCAUCACAAUCACUCUGACAAUGAGCUUCUGGUUCCCGUACAUGUGGGGGAAGAUUGCCCUUCUGUUUCUGUCGCAGCCGACUCUCAUGCUUGUACGGGCACCGCUGUUCGUCUUGUCGCGUUCAGCAGAUAUUGUUGUCGACGUCAUCUUUUUCGUGGUUGGGCUCACCGGUUUUCUGUUCAGCCAGCCGAUGAAGCUCAUGAGAGCACUUAUAUCGGGAUUAGCACCAUCCCUUGGCCGGAUUCUCGACACUGCGACAAUAGAAGGGUUUACCCUCGACCUGAGUCAGAAAAGCGGUACUCGACUGGAGAGGACUCUGGCCGCAGCCGUUCUUGGUCUCAGGCCAGACGUGCCAAACUUCUCGAUGCAAUCGCACCAUGCGCUUAUAUCCCUGAAGAACCACCUGCGCAAUGCACUACACGGCACGGCUUUCCUGGUAGUCCAGGUUGAAAAGGCUUUGACCUCUGACAGACCAAGUUCCGGCACCAUUCUGGCGUCCUUUCAACAAUCACUGAAGUCUGCUCCAGAAGUCUUCAAGAAGCUACCGCAAGUCAGAGAAUUGGGAUCAAACUUCGUUAACCUUCUAUAUACUGAUCUCUGGACUGAACCAACACAGAGUGUCCACGAUCUCGAUCCUUCCCUCGCUGAGUGGAAUAAUCAGGACCGGAUUCUUGCCAUCAUCCUUGGUUAUGCUUUGUUCGCUGUCGCAGGUGUCGUAUUCCUCGAAGUCGCGCAUCUGGUUCUCGGGCUGAAGGACAAUGAGAAAGUCGAAGGCUACUUCGCCGAUUCUCUUCGGCAAGCAGGUGGCGUGAUGAAAGUGAUUGUCAUCAUCGGGAUCGAAAUGUUGGUCUUUCCGCUAUAUUGCGGACUGCUACUGGACCUAGCACUUCUUCCUCUGUUCGCCAACGCCACCGUGGCCAGCCGUGUCGCUUUUAUGACGCAGACGCCGCUGACGGGCAUAUUCAUACACUGGUUCAUUGGUACAUGUUACAUGUUCCAUUUCGCCCUUUUCGUAUCGAUCUGCCGGAAGAUCAUGCGCAAAGGAGUUUUGUACUUUAUUCGCGAUCCCGACGAUCCCACGUUUCAUCCCGUGCGCGACGUGCUCGAACGGCCUGUACCUGCACAAUUGGGCAAGAUCGCAUUUUCGGCGUUGGUCUAUGGUGGCCUGGUCACUCUAUGCUUGGGUGGCGUCGUGUGGACACUAGACUGGGUUGGCGGCGUUCUACCCAUUCGAUGGUCUACACCAGAACCCAGGCUGGCAUUUCCCAUCGACAUAGUCUUUUACAACUUCUUGCUUCCUUUCAUCCUUCGAAAGGCCGAGCCAUCAAAGAAGAUCUCGGCAAUGUAUAAAUGGUGGUUUCGGGGAUGCGCCCGGUCACUACGACUCACGAAUUUUCUGUUUGGAGAGGAGCGAAAGGAUGAACAAUACACCCAUCCGAGAGGGUUUCCAUGGAGGUUGUUCGCCCAAGACGGCAUAACCGAACCGCAACGAGACGGCACCUACGUUCGAGCACCGGCAUCCGACUCGGUGCGUAUCGCGAAAGGGCGCAAUGUCUUCCUCGAAGUCACGGAGCAGAACGAGAGAGUGGAUGGUCGCCCAGAUACCGAUUUCGGCAUGCAUGGCAAGAAAGAUCCUCAAUUCACCAAGGUCUAUCUGCCACCGAACUUCAGAAGCCGGAUUACCACAUUCAUUGCCCUGCUCUGGCUUUUCGCAGCUGCGACUGGGGUGACAUUCACCAUUGGACCUCUGCUAGUCGGCAGAAAAUUGACCCAACUGCUGUCCCAAUCGCAGCAUCCACCGAACGACCUCUACGCAUUCACGGUCGGCGUCCACAUCUUUGCCGCAGCUGGAUAUGCAAUUGCUUACGCUAGACCAGCCAGAGACUACCUCGCAGCGAAAGUCACCUCCUCCGGGAAACAGAUCCUAGGAUCGAUUCUGCACUUUCUUGGCUUGGCCUACCUGAGCAUCUUUACUACUAUCGUGCUACCUUUUGUUAUGGCCUUGAUUACGGAGCUGUACAUUCACAUGCCGCUCUUCGACGUGCUAGAGCUCAUCAACCAAGAAAAGGCCCGAGUCACAUCUGCUUCAGCCUCGACUUCAACCCCGACAGACAGGAAACGCCUCCCUGGCGCUACGAUCUUUAUCCUCCAGUCCUGGACAAUUGGCCUGUUAUACCUGAAGCUGCUGCUUCGCGUGCUGACUCAUGCCACUGAACCCACCUCCCGACCGGCGAGGGCACUCCGGGCAAUCACCCGCAACGGCAUCCUUCACGCAGACGUCCCUCUGGCAUCCCGCGCGUUCGUCCUCCCCGUCACGACGGUGUGCCUUGCACUCCUCCUCUGCCCUCUGACGUUUAUGAAACUCAUCAUCGUGGUCUUCCGCGUACAUGAGACCGAGAAGCAGAUGCGGAUGUAUCGAUUCGCGUACCCACUGUUCUUGUGGAUGAUGGUGAACUACGUUGGUGCAAUGUUUAUGAAGACGAAGGUGGAGAAAUGGAGGGUCAUGGUCAGGGACGAGGUUUAUCUGCUUGGGGAGCGGCUGCAUAACUUCCAAGAGCCGAAGCCGAAGGUUAGGAAGGUCGACGCCUCCAGCAGUAAGGGGAAGGAGAAGGCGUUGUAA